CUCGGGAAGGCGGGAGCCAGAGCAAGAUCGAAAGGGAGGGAAACGCGCGCUGCCGCUGCAGUUAUCCGAACCUGCCACGGGACCCAGUUCACUCUUGCAUCCGAGGCCAGGACUCCGCGCCCUCUGCUCGACCCCGGAGCCCUUCCACUCGCCCAAGGCCCCGAGCACGGCAUGAGCGGCGCGCUGGAGCCCGAGGCUGCAGCGCGGUCAUGAGGCGGUGGCCCAGGAGCGGCGGCUGUGCGGCGGCAGCCCCUAGGUCCCCUCUGGGAGCAGCGCUUCCGGGAUGAGCCCCUCGACCCGCGAUUGCCUGAGCUGAGAUUGACCCCCAUUGCUCCACCUACGUCCUGCGCGCCUGAGCCGCGGGGUCCGGGUCUCGGAAGCUUCCCGCCGCGCCACCUGCGCGCUGGACUGGACCCACACCUAGCGAACCCGACUCGCCUCACUUCCCAGGCUCUACCCGGCGCCGCGGGCGCGUGAGCAGCGCUGCUCAGGGAGUUGCGGCCCACGGUCCAGAAGAAAGUGUCAAGACCCUUCUGGAACGACACUUUAUCAUUCCCCUCGUACACACGCACGGCAGCUUCGGCAAGGGGCGCACAGUCGCAGACAGACACCUGGCUUGUCCUGCGCCCUCUCGGUCCUCCACCACCACAACUCCCAACUCCACUUUGUCAAUAAAGGUUUCUAAACUCGCCCAGGCACCCCACCCACCCACAGCCCCGAGCCUCAGUACGCACAAGGUCUGCCCUCGGGCGCUACAGCGACCUCGGCAGCAGUGCGCGCACUUGGCGCAGCCCGGCAGGCGGACGUCGACCCCGGAGGGGCGCCCGGGUCACCUCCAAACAGUGACAGCCCCCGAGUACCCGGGGCCCCCAUCUGGAGCCGGCUCACCCUAGGACUUGGCGGCGGGGCGGCGCGGUCCGCAGCCCGAAGAAGCGCGGGGAGGAGGGGAGGUGGCUCGUCGGAAUAACCUCCACAUGGAAAGUGACUCUACAGCAGAAACGAGCUUUCCUUUCUCCAAAGAAGCAGCAGGGGAACAUCUGGACCACCAGGCUGCACACCAACCCUUCCCCAGACAGCGAUUCCGGCAAGAGCCUGGGCACCCUUCCCUGCAAAGAGACGGCCCCAGAUCCUUUCUGCUUGAUCUACCAAACUUUCCAGAUCUUUCCAAAGCUGACAUCAAUGGGCAGAAUCCAAAUAUCCAGGUCACCAUAGAGGUGGUGGACGGUCCUGACUCUGAAGCAGAUAAAGAUCAGCAUCCAGAGAAUAAGCCCAGCUGGUCAGCCCCAUCCCCCGACUGGAGGGCCUGGUGGCAGAGGUCCUUGUCCUUGACGAGGGCCAACAGCGGGGACCAAGACUAUAAGUACGACAGUACCUCAGAUGACAGCAACUUCCUCAACCCCCCCAGGGGGUGGGACCGUCCAGCCCCAGGCCACCGGACUUUUGAAACCAAAGAGCAGCCAGAAUAUGAUUCCACAGAUGGUGAGGGCGACUGGAGUCUCUGGUCCGUCUGCAGUGUCACCUGUGGGAACGGCAACCAGAAACGGACCAGGUCUUGUGGCUACGCAUGUACCGCAACAGAAUCUAGGACAUGUGACCGUCCAAACUGUCCAGGAAUUGAAGACACCUUCAGGACAGCUGCCACCGAAGUGAGUCUGCUGGCGGGAAGUGAGGAGUUUAAUGCCACCAAACUGUUUGAAGUUGACACGGACAGCUGUGAGCGGUGGAUGAGCUGCAAAAGUGAGUUCUUAAAGAAGUACAUGCACAAGGUGAUCAAUGACCUGCCCAGCUGCCCCUGCUCCUACCCCACCGAGGUGGCCUACAGCACGGCGGACAUCUUCGACCGCAUCAAGCGCAAGGACUUCCGCUGGAAGGACGCCAGUGGGCCCAAGGAGAAGCUGGAGAUCUACAAGCCCACGGCCCGCUACUGCAUUCGCUCCAUGCUGUCCCUGGAGAGCACCACGCUGGCCGCCCAGCACUGUUGCUAUGGCGACAACAUGCAGCUCAUCACCAGGGGCAAAGGGGCGGGGACGCCCAACCUCAUCAGCACCGAGUUCUCCGCUGAGCUCCACUACAAGGUGGACGUCCUGCCGUGGAUUAUCUGCAAGGGCGACUGGAGCAGGUACAACGAGGCCCGGCCUCCCAACAACGGACAGAAGUGCACGGAGAGCCCCUCGGACGAGGAUUACAUCAAGCAGUUCCAAGAGGCCAGGGAGUACUAAGGAGAAGCCACCUCCGGCCUUUGUGACACAAACGCGCUGCGCUGAUCUGCCGCGGGGGCAGAGUCCGUCUUAUCCGCAUCCGUGGAUAUUUGUAUAUACCACGUGGGUAUUUUCCAUAACUCACACUCGCGGUGCGCACCAGGCCCGGUGACUGCCCUCCGAAGCCACCUUGCCGUCCGAAAUGGCCCGCAGAGCUCCUUGGAAUCCCUCCCAGGGCCGAUGUCCGCGGGAGGGAGAGGACGAAGGAGCCAUAAGAAGCUGGAAGCCGCAGUGGGUGCGAUUCGAUUCGCGCCCAGAUCCGGCGUUUCCUGGAGAAGCAAAGAGGGAAGGACUGAGUUGUACACGUUCUAAGCGGUUUUUAUAUAUAACUUAUUUAAUAUGAAUGUGACUUAAGCAUAACCUUUUCUCUGGAGUUGAGAAACUGUUUUAAUCACUUCUGUGAGAGUUCAGACAGGGGCUUAAGGAAGUGGAAGAGAAAGGGAAUUUUGGAGUAAUUUUUUUUUAACUAAAUAACUCAACGGACAUGUAUCAAAAACAAGAAAAUGCCCACCUUAAACCAAAUGUUCUUUAGUUAUGAGGCACCUUGCUGGAGUCUCAGCUUCCAAAAUGCCCUUGCCUAAGAUUGGAUAGGGGGUGGGGGGCACGGGGGUGUGUUGGGGCAAAUCUGAGGACUGGUUUUAAAUAGGCUUUAAAAUAAAAGGUCAAUAUUAGCAUAAUGCUAUAAUUCUACUAAAAGGCUUCAGAGUGGCAGAAGUUCUGCUCAGGUCUUAGUGGGAGGUUCGGAAGGCGACGGGAAGGUCAGACAUAAAAACAGGUAGUAGCACUUUUCCAAAAGAAAAAAUAAAAGCAAAAUAGAUGGGAAAAGAACACGGACCUCAUUUCAUCUAUUUUAUUCUAAUACCAUCGUAACAAUUUUUUUCUCCACCAAUAUAUUACCAGUAAAUACCUAUAAAAAGAGUAGGGGGACUCAAGUCUAGAAAAUCCUAAUUUUUUUUUAUGUUUUAAGAAAGGGGGAAAAAACUACAUUAUUUUUGUAAAGUAUUUAUUGAGUCAUUGAGUCUUGUGCAUCCAGUAAUUGUAAUAUGACCUGGUUCUGUAGUGUGGAACUUAGGACAAAGAAUUUGUUCUUAUGCAAUCUUUACUUGCAAAACUCCAGGAAAAGAGAAUAUAUCAUAAAAUCAUAAUAAAAUGUGUUACCUGCAAUAAAU